CCCCGGCCCGGAUGGUGGGACCGGGCCCGGGCUCCCACCUCCUCUUCCGCCUCGGCCAGCGCCGUCUGGCCACCGCACCCGGGGAGGGGUCCCAGGGGGACAAGCCCCUUCUCCAAGCACUCCAGCUCCUCGGGAUCUGUUCACACAGUUCACGAGGACCUCAGCUGCAUUUGGGCGCUGCGUUCCCCUUUCCAAGAAUUACUAAUACCCUGUCACUAAUGGAAUCUGUUCGUGGGAACCACAAAGACUGUCAAUGGCAGGAUAUCAGCUCUGGUCACCAUGGACCCCACUGGAUGAGAGCUUCCAAUGGCUGCGGCAUACAACACCUACCCCUUCCUCCAAGCACCCCUUUAGGGCCUCCCCCUGUUUUCCACAUACCCCUUCUGACCUUGAAGUGCAGCUGUGCUUUCAAGAGGUCACUCUAGUCCUAGACAGCCCGUUCCUGGAAACUGGAGUGAGUCCCAAGUUACCCUGCCACACGUCAGAGCUCCGAACCAUGAGCAACAAGAAAGGACUGGUCAGGAAGCCCCAGCCUAUCCGCCUCAGUGGAGUGGAUUCUGUCUUUGGCAGGGUCAUCACGGCUCAGCCACCCAAGUGGACUGGGACCUUCAGAGUUUCAGACAAGUCAGCCUUCUGCAAAAUUAUCAGCAGGGAGCACCAGUGGCCCACUGGACUUAAGGAGCCUCAGAUUCAGAUGACAGUGACUAUGUGCAAACAGAUGCUGCGCUCCAUCCUCCUGCUGUAUGCAACAUAUAAGAAGUGCACCUUCGCCUUACAACACUCCAAGUAAAGGGUCCCCAUCUGAUCCCCCCAAUCUUCACACCAUGUUCUUUGGUAUGUACCUGAAGCUUACACAAAUCUGUUCACAUAAAUGAAACUGUGACACUGCCCCAGCUAUUCUGCUUUCCUGUGAAGCAGUGAUAAUUCAGGAGCCCCUGUCUCUCCAAAAUAAGGGGAGGGUGGGCAGUGAUAACAGUGCAAGGGAGAACAUUUCCAUUGUAAAGUUGAAACGACCAUUUAAAAGAGUCAAACUAGCAUUGACAUGUACAUGUGAUAAAGAACCAUUAAACCAUAUAAAUCAAUGA